GUCCGCGCGGAAAAACCAUAGAAGAAGAAGAAGACGUACCUGCUUCCGGCUACGACAACAUCCGGCGACAAAAAGAACAACAAACCGAGCUGACCAUUAAAAACAACGUUGAAUUAGCUUAUCAGCUGUAAAAAUGAGCUCAGGUUCAACAUGUUGCGUUCGUGGUUGCCACAACAGUUCACAGAACCGGAAGGAAGUCGCAGAAACGUUUUGUGUAGUUCACCAAAAACUACGACACCAAUGUCCGUGCGCUGCGCCGCUCUUCAUGCCGAGGAGUGUGGAGCGGGAAGCGGCGUGGCUGGCGGCUCUGAAGCUCAAACGGCGUCCGAAGAAAGUGUACAUUUGCUCUUUCCACUUCGUCGAUAAGAGACCCACAGUACUGCACCCGGACCCGGAGCUCUUUCUGGGUCACGAACUGCCUCCUCCUCCUCCUCCGAAGAGGCGGAUAGUAGUCCCGGGACUCCGUGAGAACGAGACCCAACCCAACGUUAAUCAAGACGUUGAAGAUGAACCUCGUAAAUUAAACGGCUGCUCGGUGGACUUCGCUGCACAUCCUCCUGACCCACAGUGCCGCUCAGUUCACACCCAGUGGGAGGACCCUGCACGACAGGAUCAUGAUUAUUGCCAGACGGUCGGCGUAAAAGAUGUGCAUGAACAGACGACUCAGUGUGAUGAGAUUGGGUACUUCAUGCUUCAUAACGACUCGGAUGCUCUGCUCUACACGGGUGUGUCCCUAGAAACAUUUAACAUCCUCGCAUCAACACUGGAAGGAUAUGUCAGCAAUCCAUUUACAAUGUCUGUGCGAGAUCAAGUUCUUAUGACACUUAUGAAAUUAAGAACCAACCGUAUGAUGGGUGAUUUGAGCAGACAGUUUCAUAUAUCACAAAGCACGAUUUGCAAGAUAAUCCCAUAUUGGAUUGACAAACUGGAUGAAGUUUUGCGACCUCUAAUUCCGUGGCUUCCAAAAGAAACUAUUGAAGCAAAUAUGCCUGAAGAAUUUAAGAAGAACUUUCCAAACACAACAUGUAUUGUUGACUGCAGUGAGAUCCUUUUACAGAAACCCCGAAACCUUGAAUCGCAUAACACGGUGAAAUACCUGGUAGCUUUUGCCCCAUGUGGACUAAUCAUGUUCAUCUCUGCAGCAUAUGGAGGGCAAUGCAGCGAAACAUUCAUAACCAAGAACUCGGGAAUAUUAAACUACUUAAUGCCUGAAGAUGAGGUCAUGGUGGUUCGAGGCUUUCCCAUCGAAGAUCUGCUGUUUGUGAGGGAGGUUAACUUGGUAACGCCGUAUUACAUAAAGAAAUGUGGCGAGCGAACUGAGGAAUGGGUGACAUACACUCAACGAAUGGCACGUGUAAGAGUUCAUGCUGAAAGAGCAAUCCGACGUCUGAAUGUUUACAAAAUAUUAUCCCAGGUUGUUCCACGUACCCUGGCUGCUAAAAUAGACAAGGUUCUAAGAAUAUGUGCCGCUCUUGUCAAUUUAAGGGAGGGUCGCAUUCGUGAAUCUCACUAAUUAAUGCAAGAGGACUAUAUUUACAUGGCUGUCCAUAACAUUAUACGGCACCAUGAAAAGAAAUGAGGUAGUAAUGUCAUUAAAAUCGAACCUUGUGUAUAGAAUAUACAUACAUUUAUUUUAGAAAACUGCACUUUUAUAAACAACUUUUUUUAUUGGUGCCUUUUGUGUUCAGUUCACGAUGUUCAACCGCAGAACUGAUCACACUUAAAUAUCCGUUUAUUUUAUUUGCAAGCAAUUUACUUAUCACGAUACUCAACGUCAUCACAUUAUCUGUGUGUUGUGCAAUAUUGAAACAAUAUUUACAUUAUAUUUGUUUACUUUUUAUUGUAUUUACAUUUGUUUAAACUCAACAACUUGUUAUGUAAUUAAAUGACUUUGAAAGAUGGAGAAGAGAAUAUGUAACUAUUGUUUAAUGUCAUCAGCUUUUUAAGUUUUAGGCAUUUGUUCUGUAACAAACAUGUUGCAUAUCUUUUAAUUCUGAGAACAGAAAUUAAACAACUGAUGACAUUGGCAUUGAUUUCAAUUUGUCCCCAACAUCAACAGUUUUUUUUAAUCUUGUGAUUGUUUAAUUGUUUUCCUGUUUCAUUUUGUGCUCUUAAUGUAAUUACUAAUGUUAUAUGUACCUUUUUAAAAGCGCUCUAUAAAUAAAAUAAAAUGUAUUAUAUAUAUAUAUAUUUGCAAAAAAAUCUGAAAGUAAUGAUGAUAAAGGUCCAUGAUUCAUGAAAACAGAAUGCCUUUUGUUUUUUAAAUACAAUAAAAAAUAAAAACGUAAAUACACAAACGGCACCUGUUGAUGACGUCAGUCAUUAGCACCAGCUGUGCACUGCGCGUGCAGCUUCAGGACGCCAACGAGUAAAAAAAUAAAUAUUUUUUUAACUGGUUUUAAAAUAGUUUCCACG